CGGGAGCGGAGCGGGGCAGCGCCGGCAGCAACGCGCGGCUCCGGGCGCGGCCGGAGCGGAGCCCCCAGCCCAGAAACACCACAUAGAUAAAUGAACAUCAGCUGUCCUGAGUACAAAAAAUUUGCUAAAAAUCCAAUGUUUUGGUGUCUUUUGGCAAUUCCUCAUGAUGCCUGCUGCCCAGGCAGACUUUGAGGAAGCUGCAAGUGAAGAAGUUUAAUGUUUGCUUCAGCUGAAGAGAAUAUUUCCCAAGUCCUGGUGGGAAAAGGUGAAAAAGAGGACCAGAGGAUGUUGCUAUGGCAUGGAGAUGACAGGAAGCCAUGACUAGAAGGAGGAUUGUCAACAGGAAACAAAGCACCGCAGCCAAUGUGGCUCUGCUGUUCGGCACAGCUGCUGUGCUGCGCUGCCUGCGGGACCCUGAGGCCUGGCCAGCACUGCCUGUCCCCAAGAGAGAUUCUCCUGUCCGUUUGUCUGCUGGAGCCUGAAUUGUUCUGCACCUGGUUAAUCCACUGUGCCGGAGCUGGCAGACCCUGGGCUUCUUUUCUCGACACCAUCCACUGUAAAGUCCUUGAGCAGCCAUGGGGAGGAAGACGUGUGUGUGAGCAGCUUUCCUGGGCUGGCUGAGCCCUGCAGGGAGCCCAGGCAGCCUGAGGGGUGCUGGCUGUUCAGGGCUCUGCAGAUAUGAACGCUGAGCUCUGGGGCUGGUUGUUCUCACCAUGCUAGAACAUGGGAAGGACGACUUCCCCUCAGACAUAGCCUACAUCAUCCUGGAGCUGAUCAUCGCUGUGCUGGCCAUCCUGGGCAACAUCCUCGUCUGCUGGGCCGUCUAUCUCAACAGCAACCUGCAGAACGUCACCAAUUACUUUGUGGUGUCCCUGGCUGCUGCUGACAUUGCUGUGGGGGUGCUGGCAAUCCCCUUUGCCAUCACCAUCAGCACUGGCUUCUGUGCCUUCUUCUAUGGCUGCCUUUUCAUUGCCUGCUUUGUCCUGGUCUUGACCCAGAGCUCCAUCUUCAGCCUCCUGGCCAUCGCCAUCGACAGGAUCAUCGCCAUCCGAAUUCCCCUCAGGUACAAUGGCUUGGUGACCGGCUCUCGAGCCAAAGGCGUCAUUGCCAUCUGCUGGGUGUUGUCCUUCAUCAUCGGCCUGACCCCAAUGCUGGGCUGGCACAACGGAGCCCAGAUCCAAGAGCCCCAUUCCAACUGGUCCUCUCCCAUCAACUGCAGCAACAGCAUGGUGGCGUGUCUCUUCGAGGCCGUGGUCACCAUGGAGUACAUGGUCUACUACAACUUCUUUGCCUGUGUGCUCCUGCCCCUCCUUCUCAUGUUUGGUAUCUACUUGAAAAUCUUCAUGGCAGCGCGGCGCCAGCUCAAGCAGAUGGAGAACAAGAUGGUACACGGGGAACGCUCCCGCUCCACACUGCAGAAGGAGGUCCACGCAGCCAAGUCCUUGGCCAUCAUCGUGGGGCUGUUUGCAGUCUGCUGGCUCCCGCUGCACAUCAUUAACUGCUUCACCCUUUUCUGCCCGGACUGUGCCCACGCCCCCCUGUGGCUGAUGUACCUGGCCAUCAUCCUGUCUCACGCUAACUCGGUGGUGAACCCCCUCAUUUAUGCCUACCGCAUCAGGGAGUUCCGCCACACCUUCCGCAAGAUCAUCAGCCAGCACAUCCUGGGCCGCAAGGAGCCGUUCAAGGCGGGAGCCGCCAGCUCCAGGACUUCCACGCACGGCGGGGACGCGGAGAACGCCAGCAUGCGGAUCGGUGAGUACGCGCUGGAGCUCUACGGCAACGGAGACAUCCACAGGGACCCCGAGAAGCAGGACUUGAACAAAUGCAAAGCUGCCUUGGAAUGGCACCAGAACGGAAACGCUCUGGACUUGGAGACAAACGGACAUCUCCCGCAUUCCUGUAAAAAUGGGAUUCUCUCAGACGCAUGCCUGAACAGGGAGCUUCACAGUGAAGAGCUAAUUGAUGCCCAGGUGUCUUACGCAGACCUGGAAAGAGCAGCCUUUGCUGCAGCUGAUGUUUCCUGAUGAGACUUUCGAAGUUUUCCUGGUAGAAUUAUUUUUUUUUCCAUUGGUGACCUCUGCCAUGGCAGAAAGGGAGGCUGGGGGGCGGGGGGAGAGCAGUGUAUUCAGAUCACUGUGGAGAAAGGGGUCCAUAUCCAGGACUGUUGGAUGAUCCUAAAUACCAGGCUGGAGAAGAGCCAAGAGACCACUGAAGUGGACUAAGGAAGGAGGACACGUUACCCAUCAGUGACCUGUCACCAAGGGCAGUGCCAAGGUCCAGGAUGGCAUUCCAAGUUGAGCACUGGGAGACUGCUGAUGCAGGGAUUUUGGGACACUUUGCUGUACUGUGCCUGUGGUUGAGAGUUGGUUUCACUGUCUUUACCAAUGGAAUGGCUGGAAGUAUUCCCUGAAUAACAAAGAGCAACUGGGAAGGAAGGGCCUCUGAGUUCUGUGGCCCUGCAACAAGCAGAAGGGGGAUAGCAAAAUCUGUUGUCAGGAAGGAUGCCAGGAACUGCUUGAGAGGGAAGGAAUUUACCUGAUUGGAACUCUGGAUAUUUUCAGCCAUGGCACUUUGUCUUUCAGUUUGUGUUCUUGAAGCUUUUACUGCAACAGGUUGCUCAAAUGGGUUUUUUCCACAUGAUGAUAAGGUUACUUUAUGUUAACUUAUAAAAGAUGGGCAAGAGCUCAUGUCUGUUCCCUGAGUGCUCAGUGUUGCAGAUGCACAUGGCAAAUAUAACCUCUUAGCACUCCCUUUCGUCCAACAAAUCACCAAAGCUGAGCCUUGCCAAGGAUUUCCCUUGGCAAAAGGGCUGUGGUGCUGUGGGCUGUGUGCUCAGGGCAGGGCUGUCAAGGGCUGUGGGUGUGGGAGCUCUUUGUAGAGUUCUCCCCCUGCCUCUGUGCUUCUCCUCCUGAGCUCCUAGGAUGCAAAUUCUUUCCAUGGCCCCAGAUGUGUGUGAGGGGAGGUAAUAUUCCAUAUUUCAGACAUCUUCAUCCUCAC